GCACUUUUAGCGACUGCUGUCGCCUCGGGAUUGGGCUCAUUUGAGCCAGGCAGCGCCGUUGUCACCUCUGCCUUGGCAGACUUUGCUGGUACCGGACAUCUUACGACCUGCGGCAUCGAUCCACAGACGGGACGUACCAUCCGGCAACGACAUACCCGAGUUCCUGCUGCUUACCAAGUAGCUCGGCGCGCUGGCCUAACCGGCCUUGUUCGACGAUUUGGCCUCACGGCGGGCCAGUUUGCCGACAACUUGGCCGACCAGUACGCGCGCCACGAAGUCGAUCAGUGCCCGAUGCUUCCAAACGAUGCUGCCGCUGAUUUUUUUGGCUCUCAGUUUGAGACGUCGCAUUCGGCUUUGGCUGCUGCCAGAUACAUGCUCGCCUUUGAAAUUUCCCGUGAGCCGGUCGUCAGGCGGGCUGCCCGUCGCCUUGUCGCGUCGCAAGCCUCCAUUCGUUUAACACCAACCGCUAAAGGAGUUCGGGACAUUGACGAGAAUCACCCUCUCUAUUCAGUCAAAUACUUACACGAUAAGCCGGUUUCAGAUUUAAUGGCUGAUCCUAUCUUCUUACAUAUACACAAUGGUGUGCGAGCCAAACUUAUAACCUUUGAGAUUUAUGUUCCGGAAACCAGGAUUCGCGGAUUCAGCUUACUUGAAGAUUGGCAGCGUCUUUUCCAUCGGGACGAAUUUAGCGCUCUUGUACAGGCUUGGAAUGAUCAACGUAAUCUGGUCCUCAAGCAAGCCAUUGAUGAGAUGAUCUUUCCCUUCCUCUUCAAGGAGCAGCAGCGCAAGCUGCUAGAAUCUUCACAACAGAAAGUUGUUAAGGCAAGAAUUUAUUGCUUAUGCGCCCAGAAACUAUUCGACUUCCUCAAAGUCGCCCCUUUCUCUCCGGACGGCUAUCGGGGUACUGGACAAGAGGGUGAUCCUGAUGACCCUUCUGGCUUGACAGGUGGAGGUUCUCCGAGUCACCAUCGAUGCAUGGGCGGGGAUUCAUCUUUAGGCACGGGUGCUGGGAAACGCCAAGUAAGUGGAAUGAGCGGGGCAGUAUGGCCACGAGGCGCCAGAGUGCUCGCAUUAGCCCUUAAGGAUGCGGAUGGCAAUAGACAGGGCAUGGUGAGUGCUGUGCAACUAGACGUUCAUGGAGAGGUAGUAGACUUUAUCCACCUGCAUCAUCUGCUUGCUGUUACUCGAGGCCGACCAGAGGCACAAGUUUCCAAGGCGAGUUGUCGAUUUCGUUUAUAUCACCAAAUGGCCCUCGCCCAAGAGCUUCUUUUUAUUUACUAUUGGUUACUUAUUCUUAUCUAA